AUGCUUGAUGGUUCUGGUUUAUUCGCCUUGUACGCUAUCCCAUUCGCUUGGGUGCUAUUCUUCGUAUUCAGAAAGAAAACGAGUUCACGACUACCUGCACCGCCUGGCCCAAAACGCUAUCCAAUCAUCGGUAGCCUGCUGUCCAUUCCGACAGAAAAGCAAUGGAUAGGAUUCGGUCAACUGGCAGGAAAAUAUGGUGACAUGGUCUACUUUGACGCGAUGGGCCAGCCGAUUCUCGUCUUGUCUUCCAUGAAGAGAAUCAAUGAUUUGUUCGAGAAGCGCUCGAGCGUAUAUUCUGACAGACCGCCCUUUCCGAUGCUCCAUUUGUUGUUUAGCGGGCUGAUUGUCGAAGUGACUUAUGGCAUUAAAGCAGGCUCAGCGGUGGCGAAAGAGUUAGUGAGAUACACCGACGAAGUGGCUGAAGGAUUCGGUGAAGCCUGUCUUCCCGGACGGUUUAUGGUAGACAAUCUGCCCGUCCUCAAGUAUGUUCCGAGCUGGUUCCCGGGAGCUGGAUUCAAGAGAUUCGCGGAGUACUACGCCAAUGUGGUACAGAAGUCUCGAGACAGGCCUUUCGAUUACGUCCUGCAAAAAAGGAAAGAAUCAGGAGAAGCUCCUCCAACUUGUGUGGUCACGAACAUGAUGGAGAACGGCGAGGACGAGGAGGUCGCACGAAAUGUGGCUUCUGUAACUCAUGCUGCUGGGUCAGAUACAACUCUGGGCGUAGCACUGGCCUUCCUCAAUCUGAUCGCCAUGUACCCUGAAGUCCAAAGCAAAGCUCAGUCAGAGCUAGACGAAGUCGUAGGACCAGGGAGAAUGCCGGAUUUCUCAGAUCGCGACAGGCUGGUAUAUAUCAAAGCUAUCCUCAACGAAGCUUUGAGGAUGCACCAGACUAAUCCAAUGGGUGUUCCGCACGCGACGACGAGCGAUGAUAUUUACGACGGUUAUUUCAUUCCGAAAGGGACAGUCGUGUUGGGAAACGCAUGGUACAUCUUACAUGAUCCCAAGGUCUACGACGAUCCAAUGGUAUUCCGGCCGGAACGAUUCCUCAAGGACGGAAAGUUCAAUGACGCUGUUCUCGACCCAAGUGAAGCUGUGUUUGGAUAUGGCCGAAGGGUUUGCCCGGGUCGCAAUUUCACGAUGGAUGCCCUAUUCCUUAUGAUCUCCUCUACUCUCGCUUUCUUCAAUGUCGAUUCGCCGAAAGACGGCGCAGGUAACCCAACUAUCAGAUACGUUCCCCAGGAUAGCGGAGUCUCGCACCCUGAACCUUUCCAAAUCACUCUCUCACCGCGCUCAAAAGAGCACGAAGACUUCGUAGCGUGUAUCUGA